AUGGAGUUCGAUGAGGUCCUGUCCGCAGUCGGUGAUCUCGGCCGCUAUCAGAAAUGGCUGUUUGUGCUCCUCUGUGUUCCGGCUAGUCUGCCUGCGGCGGUCUCAAUAUUCAACCACAUGUUCAUUUCGGGGGUGCCUGAGCACCAAUGCCACCCGAUCAUCUCGGCAGAUAGAGCUUCUCUGCUCGAGAAGAGCUUGGCAGCACCGGAGGACUUCCAGACGGCAAUGACGGCAUUGUUUAUACCACGAGUCCGUAGCGGAGGUUUCUCUGAGUGUCUUCAAUACGAUAUCGAAGCGGAUGCGGCCAUCGACCAAGUGAUUGCUCAGAACAGAUAUUUGAAUUUGACGAUCAUUGAUAGUUUCGUCGCUCAAAAGCAAUGGACCGGAAUCAAAUGCCUCCAUGGGUGGGACUACGAUCGUGCCGAAUAUACCGAAACUCUCGUGACCAUGUGGGACCUUGUUUGCGAUAAGUCAUGGCUGAUCUCGACAGCUCAGAGCGCAUUCUUCGUGGGCGGAACGAUAGGGAGCCUUGCUCUCGGCCGAAUUUCGGAUAAGUGGGGCCGGAGGCCGGCCUUCCUCCUCGCUAUGUCCGCAAUGAUCUUUGGAAAUCUCGCUGAAAUUCUUCCGCCGAAUUACGUCGCUUAUUCUGCUAUGAGAUUCAUUGUGGGACUUAGUUAUCCCAGCGUCUACAACAUAGCGUUCCUAAUGCUGUCUGAAGUGAUCGGUCCGGAUAGGAGAAUGUCGGCAGCGAUGCUUUUCAGCCUGGCUUUCUCGAUUUCCAUGAUGCUGUACGCCUUGAUUGCACACUUCAUCAAACAUUGGCGAGUUUUGCAAGCCGCGACUUCGCUGCCGAUGGUGCUGCUCGUCGGCUAUUACUGGCUGGUGCCGGAAAGCCCUCGAUGGCUUAUCUCCAGGGGCAGAAUGGACGAAGCGGAAGUCAUCAUUCAGCGAAUCGCUUCGGUCAACGGGGUUCAACUCGCACCGGAUUUCCUGGCGACCAGCUUGGCGAAAGCUCUCUCGAAAUCUCCGGAGUCGUCGAGCGAACAGAAAUUGGAGGAGAUCGGGAUUCUGCAACUUCUGAAUUAUCCGAGAGUCAUGCUGAAGCUGAUCGUCAUAGUCAGUACUUGGGCUGUCACGGCGAUGAUGAACAACGGUCUCAGCUUGGCUUCUCCUCUCCUCCCGUCGGGAGCCUGCUUCGCCUUUUUCAUGGCUGGCUUGUGCGAAAUUCCGGGAACUCUCUUCGCUUGGGCAACGACGGAGCGCUACGGUCGAAGGGGCGUCAUGCUCGGGACUCUCUUUGUCGGAGGGGUUCUCGCGGCGGCUACAGCACUCAUCCCAGAUGAUCUCCCGUGGCUAAUCGUUUUGAUGCCUUCGCUGGCUAAAAUGGUUGCUGCCGUCACUUUCUGUGUUAUUUACACAUUCGCCGGAGAGCUUUUCCCGACUGUGAUCCGAGGCUCUGCGCUCGGCGCAGCUUCGACGGGAUCCCAAAUAGCUCUGAUAGGAGCUCCGUACAUCCUCCUCUUGGGAGACAUUUCGGGACCAUCCGUUCCGUACGUGGUUUUCGGAGUUCUCUCGAUGCUGGUCGCUCCUCUGAUGCUGACUCUGCCGGAAACCCUGAACGCUCCCCUUCCAACCACGAUGGAGGAAUCUGAGCAUUAUGCUGAUUAUCUCAAGCGCGCGAAAACUGCCGUGAGAAGUCAAUCUGGGAUCCGGUGAUAGAGCUCCCCUGCCUGCUGCCGCAUUGAUAUCUGUAUAUAUAUAGUUCUUCAUUUCUGUAUUCCUACGGUAUAGGGCCUCUUGAGGGGGUUCAUUCAUCCAUACUAUGUGCUCAAGAAGGCUGCUUCGACCU